AUCUUAAUGAGAUUUACUUGUCUAAUAAAUUCCAACUUGAUGAUAAACCAUCAAAAGAAUGUGAGAACCUUUUAUCUGAACUUAACGUCAAAAAACAAGUUCGCAAUAUUGCUGCUACAAAUAUUGUCAAAAAAGCAUGGGAUAAUGGUGUUAACAUCGUUAUACAUGGAUUGAUUUACGAUCUAGAAACGGGAUUAAUUAAAGAUCUUAAU